ACUUUCCAUCAUCUCGACUAUGUCACGGCAGGAGAUUCUUUACGCAUACAGGCACCUCUUACGUCAGGGACUCCGCGCAAUACAAUUCUCUAAACCUGCGCGCUUUACCCUACGCGAUCGAAUUCGCCUGGCCUUCCGGAAGGGCUCUGUGUCCGACUUCGACGCGCAACGGAUCAAGAACACCCUAGAGUUCCUACAAUACGCCACAAAGGAGAACGGCCUCGAGCAUAAGAUACUGAAGAAUCUUUUGUUUGUUUGGUGGAGCCAACAAGAUGGCGGCAAGAGCAAACCAAAUCAGAAGAAUAUGACCCGUGAAGAGCUGCGCAUGAAAACAAUCGCCUUUGAUGCUUUCAACCACAACAUAGAUAUGCUGAACGAGAGCAUGGAUAUCUGCCUUCCAGCCAUGACCGUCCGCGACCCUGUUUGAAGCCUUCCCGACUCCCGAUUCAGACACAUACGCCCAAUAACGCCACCCACAUAGAAGAUCUUGGGGUGAUACAUUGGAUAUGGCCAGCUCUAUCAGAAAGCAGUGCCUGGGAAAGCUCUUGUGCAGGAUGCUUGGAUGUGGACAGGACUCAGAGAUUCCAUGCGGAAUCAGAAGAAGUCGUCCAGGAAGUCCUCCGAGCGGUCUUGAUUGCUGGCAGACGCCAUGUUCUCUUCAGAGAAGAGGUCGUCGUAGGCAUGCUCCUUU